AUGGGACAGCCAGCUCUUGAGGAGGCGGUCAACACGCUGGCCUCAUUCCUGGCCUUUGAGCAAGUCCGCGAUCUCCGACAGCUCCUGGAUCGCCAGCCCUCGGCGGCCGCUGAAAGGACUGAUAAACUUCAAAACGCGCCUCCCCAGACGGACGUGGUCGUGCUUUGUGCAUCUGCUGUGCUCUCCACUGCCGAAACCGUGUUCUCGGCGUUCGCGAGAUAUGCCCAUUCCAGAGCCCAAGACAAUAGGAAGACUGAUGAUGGCCGCUGUGUUCUGGUUCUGUGCGGCGGGAUUGGACAUUCUACGCAACUGAUGCACGAUGCCGUCGCCUCCCAUCCCACAUAUCGGUCCUUGGCAGAGCAGGUGGCUGGCCAGCCGGAGGCUCGCGUCCUGCAGGCCAUCGCGGAGCAGUACUUUGGCUUAAAAGUCGACGCAGAAAACACCGAGCUAGGUGCCACAGCUAUCCUCGUCGAGGACAAGUCCACCAACUGCGGCGCAAACGCGUCGAGGACGCGGGAGGUGCUGCAGUCUCGCGGCAUCGCGGAACCGAGGACGAUCAUCGUUGCGCAAGACCCGACCAUGUGCAGGCGCACUGUGGCUUCUUUUGAACACGUGUACUCGGACAAGGUAGACGCCCGCCCGGAGCUGUACAGCUGGCCGACUUUGGUGCCCUCCGUACUUUUACGCCCCGAAGCAGCAAACCUGCUCGCACAUCCGGGCCAUAGGACCCUUGCCGAGCUGCUCAGGUACGAUGUCGCCAAGAUGAGGGUUAGCGAAUCGGAGCUGUGGGGCAUGCCGCGGUUCUUGGACCUGAUCAUGGGAGAGAUCCCUCGGUUAAGGGACGAUAGUGGUGGGUACGGACCGAAAGGAAAGGGUUUCAUCGCGCAUGUGGACAUACCCAGGGAGGUCGAGGCCGCGUGGAAAACCCUCGAUGGCGCUCUUGGUGGACACGUAGCCAGAAGAUGA